CCUGUUGCGAUAACGAUAAGAUUAGCCUCUAAUAACAUAUCAAAUGCUUAAAAUAUAUAUACGCCUCAGUCGCGAUUAUUAAAACUCACGAAAUACCUGUGACACGUAUUUUUCUAUACACAAGAUGGAUGGUGCAGCUUGGAAUCCCAAUAACCAAGGAGAUGCUCCUGGUUUUGGCCCCCCACCCGGCUCAUUCGAUCCUGGAUUCGGUGGUGCUCCUCCAAGCUUUGGGGGACCAGGAUUUGGAUCUCCGCAGAUGGCGAGUGAUCCAGGAUUUGGAGGAGCUGGUGGUCAAUUUGGCCCAGGAUUUGGAAGUACAGAUGGCCCAAUAGACCAAGGCUUUGGAGGAGCAGGAGGUCAGUUAGGACAACCAGGAGGGCAAUUUGAUCCUGGUUUUGGAGGAGCUGGUCAAGGAUUGCCUCCAACUGGACCGCCAAAUCCAGAUAUGCCCGGUUUCGGACCUCCUGGAUUUGCAGGUCAAGGAACACCUUAUUAG